AUGGCAUCAAUGCAGAACGGCAUCCACGACAUCACGCUGCCUGUCAACGGCAUCGAGAAGGCCGGACAGCCGGACACAUCCAACGACAACAAGUUCCACGAAGACGUCCACUUUUUGGGAGACAAGGAAGGCAAGGUGGUGAUCCGGUCGCCACCAAAGUUCAAGACGUUGGAAGAGGAACGGGACUAUCGGAAGCAGCAUCUGGCUGCGGCCUUCCGAGUGUUCGCAAAGGAAAGGUUUGACGAAGGCGUCGCUGGUCACAUAUCACUGAGAGACUCUGUUAACCCAGCUCAUUUCUGGAUCAACCCUCUCUCCACCCACUUCGCGCUAAUCAAAGUCUCCGACCUCGUCCUUGUGGACGAAGAAGGCCAUGUCCUACCAGGAGGGGCGCAGUCAGCCAUCAACGGCCCAGCUUUCGCGAUCCACAGCGAGAUCCACAAAGCACGCCCGGACUUGAAUGCCGCCUGCCACGCCCACUCGGUCUACGGCAAAGCAUUCUCCGCCUUCGGUCGUCCGAUCGAGAUGUUGUAUCAGGACGCCUUGCGCUUCUACAAGGAUCUCAGCAUCUACCCGCGCUAUGGCGGAACUGUGCUGAAGCAAGAAGAAGCUCAGCGCAUCGCCAAAGCUCUCGGGCCCACUGCUAGGUCGGUGAUAUUGCAGAACCAUGGUAUGAUCACUUGCGGACAGACGGUCGAUGAAGCGGCAUUUCUAUUCAUAGCUUUGGACAGGUGCUGCCAUUCGCAGUUGUUGAUCAACGCAGCCGCCUGUCGUCCAGGUUGGGAGCCGAUUCCGAUUCCUGAUGAAGAAGCUGAGUUCACUCACAAGAAGAGCGGGAAUGCCAGCAAGAUGUGGCUUGCGUUCCAGCCGUACUUCGACCAGGUCUGCGAUGAGGACCCGACGCUGCUGCACUGA